AAAGGAGGAAGUCAGUCAGCUGAAAACAAUCUCUCACUUGACACCCUGAUUAUGCAGAAAGUUUAAGUUAUGGGUAGUAUUACUUACAGGAUAUAAUCUGCUGCAGAUCUACAUAUUCUGGGAUUUUUCUUUUACUCUUUAAGAGGUUUAAGCUGUUCUUCCGUUGCAUUUCCUUUCUCUCGGUCAUUUGACUUGCAGUUUAGCAACAGUCACUCUGUGCUGUAUAUGUCGUCUGAAUUGACAUGAUGAAUACGAAAGGAACUGCUGCUGUUUUUGCAUGCCUAUUGCUGAUUCAAAUGUCGUUCCUAGAAGGCAGUGAAUUCAAGUCUUCCCAUGGCAAUGUUGGUCAAAAUCACAAGCCUAUACAUUUGUCCUUUGCACCCAACAGAGAUACUUGCAUUGGAUGUGUUUUGAUGGUUACCAUAAUUGAACAGCUUGCUCAAGUCCAUAACAAUACAGUUCAAGAGGCUAUGACAACACUAUGUGGCUAUCUACCAGAGGAAGCCAGAAUACGGAGCAUUUGCAUUCUUCUGACGGAACUUUUUGGACCAGAUUUAAUUAAAUUGAUAAACCAUAAAUUGAAUGCUGAUGUAAUAUGCCAUGCAGUGAACCUAUGCAGUAAUGACCCAGGUCAGCCUUUUUGCCAUGUGUUUGAAAAGCCUAAGGUUGGGCUAAAAAGGUCAAUCAAAUAUGCAAAGAAUAUCCUGGAAGAAUCCAGUAUUAUGAAAAAUGCAGAAGUUCUUUCCCUAUCUCUCAGCAAGAUCUGCAAGCAGCCACUUCUCAGAAGGCUUUGUGAAACAGAAUCAUCCUUACCCCUGCUAGAUAUUGACCAAGAUAACUUCAGUGUCUUUCCAUCUUUAAGAGGAUAUCAUUGGAGAGGAAGAGACUGUAAUGAUACAGACAAUUCUGUUUAUCCAGGUCGAAGACCUGAAGAUUGGGAUUUGCUUCGAGAUUCAAAUUGUAAUGGGAUUUGGGGUUUUGAUCCAGAAGAUAAAAUUCCCUAUGAGAAAAAAUUCUGUGAAGGAACAGACUCAAAGGGAAUUAUAGUACUGGGGGAUUCUGCAGCGGUCCAUUUCCACAUACCACCUGAAUGGCUAACAGCUAUUAACAUGUCUGAGAAAACAUUUUCAAACUUACCAUUAGCCAUUUCCAAUGAAAUCGACUGGCCUCAGUUCUCCAUGUACACUGGAUAUCAGAACUCCACAAUCGGAGGAUGGACAGAAUCACUAUAUCUACAGUUACGGAAGAACAACCUUUGUAACCAUAGAGAUUAUCAAAAUUUAUCUAAAAAUGGUUAUUCAUCUCGCAAUUUAAAGAAUUUAAAAAGUGUAUCGAGAGAUCAAGAACUUGAUAAACCUGCAGUUGUCUUUUAUGCUGUAAUUGGAAAUGAUGUAUGUAACACUCAUGCAGACACGCUCAGACAAAUGACUACACCUAAGCAAAUGCAUAUUAAUGUUAUGACUACGCUGGAAAACUUGGACACGCUCCUACCAAAAGGAAGUCAUGUUGUCUUGGUGGCACUAGCUGCAGGGCAUUUACUGUGGGACACCCUUCAUGACAAAUAUCACCCAAUUGGGCAAUUGAAUAAAGAUGUGACAUAUAAUCAACUGUACAGUUUCCUAAGCUGUCUUAAGAGCAACCCUUGUGAAGGAUGGAUGAACAAGAAUGAAACUGUUCGAAAUCUAACAACAGAGAGAGCCAAUCAGCUUUCAGAUGUUCUUAAAGAAAUCGCAGUGUCACAAAAAUUUAAUAAUUUUGAUGUAAUUUACAUUGAUAGACUUUAUGAGAGAGUAUUUGAAAAAUGGAGGAAUUUAGGAAAGGAUCCAGUCGACCUGAUUGAACCAGUAGAUGGAUUUCAUCCUAACCAGAUUGCUUCUGCACUUGGAGCAGACUUGAUCUGGAAAGAAGUUAUAAAUUCACGACCAGAAGUGUUUGGAAAAAAUAAUCCAUACAAUGAAGAAAUUACGGCAACAUUUGGAGACCAAGGAGGGCAUUAAGUCAUGAAUAGUUAUAAGCAAACUUUCCAACCAAUCGUAUAGAGCUAAGGUUGAAGAAGUCACUGGAGGUAGCAAAAUAUCUGCCACUGACCUAACACACAAUUGUACUCUGUAUGAGAGGUGUAAUUAUCUGUAUACAUCCUUUCCUAUGUGUGUAUUUACAAGAGGAACUAAAAGGCACUGAAAAAAAAUAAGCAUUGGGUAGCAUUCAACUCGCAGAACCUUACCUUAUUGACUGAAUAGUAAAUAGUCUUGUUCUCAUGCAAAGUCACUAUGGAAUGUUUUGGUUUUCAACUAAUCGCUUUGUAUUUUGAGCAAUAGUUUUCUAUGGAGUGGUCUGUUUACAAAAACUGUUUUCAGUAUAUUGUUUGUAGAGCCAUAGUGGUGUUUUUAUAAAUAUGAUCUAAACUACAGUAAUGUACUAAAAAAAAUAAAAAUAAAAUGUUUUUGUUGAAAUGGAUUAAUGGACAUUGGGCUCUGAAUGUC